CCAAACCGGAAGUAGCCCUGGCUUGUGUGAGGUUAGCGUGUUAGCGGGGGCGAAACGUCAAUAAAGGUAUAUUUAGGUAACCAAAGUUAUGAAUUAAUUCAAAUCUACGAUAGAUUGUAAACUAUCAUCUUACAAACAAGGUUUUUGAAGGUUACAGCUUCUGUGAUGACAGCGUGCAUGCUAGCAACGUUUAGCUAAAUAACGGAGCUCGUGCUGUAUCUAGGUUAAUAAUGGGGUUUUAUGAAGUGUAUUCUCACCCGGUUUUAGUCCGAUAUAAAGCCAGCGUGUGUUCCCGGGCCAGUGUGUUUGUGCUGGUGGUGUAUGUGCUCACGUACAUCCCCCCUCUACUCAUCACCUACAGGAGUCAAGGGUUCUGGCUGAAGCAGAGCUCAUAUGAGGAACAACCUGUGGUCCGGUUCCAGUAUGAGAUGUUAAUGAUAGGUGUGACGAGUGUUAGUGGAGAUUAUGUAGCAUGGAGCACGUUCUCCAACUUCAACACGCUGCUGGGGGACAAACUGCGCAUUCCCACUGUGUCUGUGCGAGAGAGUGAUAGUAAUGGUGAUGGGAAAGCAGAUCGUCUGUCUCUGCAGAUGUCUGUCCCACUGAACAGCGCAGAGCAGAUUUACAGCAUUCAGCUACUGCUCAGCUUCUCCUACCAACUCCGUAGGAUGUCAGUGGUGGUGAUGCAGUCGAUGGCGUUGGUCCAGUCCUCGUCUCCUGUCCCCAUGUCUCAGCUCUUCAUCAGUGGAGAUCUGAAGCUGCAGCAGAAGGAGCCCCUCUCUCAUCGUGGUGUACACACUCAGUAUAAUGUUUCUGUGAUCAAUUCAGCGAGUCCUUUUGCCAACUCCUACGACCUCGCCACCAUCAUCAGGAACUACCAGGAGAGAAACUUGACCACCUAUCUGUGGUGUCCUGUCCCCGUCUGGACAGUUGGUCGAGCAGCAAACACUCCAUUUCAGAUUAAUGCAGAAAUCCGUUACCCAGUGGAGACAAUAAUGUAUCGACCGGGUUUCUGGGAGACUGUGAAGUUUGCCUGGGUUCAGUACGUCAGCGUGUUGCUCAUCUUCCUCUGGAUCUUCCAGCGUGUCCAAACCUUCGUCUUCUACAACCGGGUCCUGCCCACUGUACCUGUCUCACUGCACAAACCUCACUCUUCCUGACCUGUCUGUUCGUGUGUGUGUGUGUGUGUGUGUGGGUGGGUUUUUUAAAGUGUGUGAUGAGAAUGAUGUGUAUUUUUUCUAUUAUAUCAUCACUGUAGUUUUGCUAAUGUGUGUAUAAUGAUUUUGUAUCUCAGACAAUAAACCUGUCUGUAUGUUCA